CGCCCCCGCCUCCCUCCUCCUCCUUCAGCGUCGAUCCUCAUCCGGCCUCGCCCACCGGCGGUCCUCCCCGCCCAGUCUCGCCGUCCUUCCCCGUCCCACGGUCGCCUCUUUCGGCCGGUCGCGCCGGGCGUCCCCCAGCUGCUCGUCGAAACGCCGCAGAGGGCCUCCGUGCGUGCUAGGCGCGUCCCCGGCUGCUCUCGCGGUCCCAUGGCGCAGGCCAAGCGGUACGUGCUGCGGCUCUUCAUCUCGCUCAAGUACGUGACGGCCAACGUGGUGGACCGGCAGAGCGGCCGCGUCGUGGUCACCGCCUCCACCGUCGAGAAGCCCCUCCGGGACGGGCUGGAGUGCGGCCGCGCCUGCAACGCCAAGGCCGCCGCCGCCGUCGGCGAGGUGCUCGCCAUGCGCCUCCGUGUGGACGGCCUGGCGCGCGAGCCCAUCCACGCCGACGCCGCCAAGGAGGUCGAGAAGAAGGGCUUCAAGAACCGCACCAAGGUCUGGGCCAUCCUCAACGCGCUCCGCAGCCACGGCGUCAACCUUCACGUCGACGAUGACGGCGACCAUAGGCGGCAUGUCUGACGAGCAUCACUCGGACCUGGCUGCAGUCAGCUCGUCCUUCAGGCUCCUGAUCUUCAACGUGUCCCUGGCCCUCUCGAGGUCCCUGAUCCUCUCCUCGAUCAGAUCCAGAUCCUCGUUGUCUGACAGGACUCCUAAUGGCGCCAGAGCGCUGGAGAAAUGUUGCGGUAGCAGCGGAGCUGAAGGCGUCGCGUCCCCGGUUCUUGAACUGCUUCCCAGAACCAGUAUCAUUUUCUGCAAACAAGUAGCAGUAGGUUUAGUCUGAGUCGUGGAAUUAAUUGUGGAAACUGGAAAAAAAAAGCCAGUCUCUGAACAUGUAAAAUGAUGUGUGAAUCAAAUCCACUGUUUGGACCUGUAGAUUCUAUCUGUUCUUUUA